UCCCGCCGCGAUGCUGCCGGCUGCGGCGCCGCCGGGCCGGGCGGAGCGGAGCGGGGCGGGCAGCGGGGCUGCUCCCGCGGCGUGGCUCGGCUGGGCUGGGCGGCUCGGUCCGUGCGUGCGCCGGCACCGCUCCACCUGCGCGCCGAGCCGGGCGGCGGGGGAGGCUCCCGAGCGAGGCAGGGCUUCCCCCGCCGGACGUGGCAUCACGCCGCCCGGCGCCAAUCCCGCGCAGGGCGCAGCCCCCCGCCCCGGGCCCCGGCUCCGCCCCCGCCGCCGGCGCUGCGCAGCGCCGAGCGCCGCCGCCGCCCGCCGGCCCGGGCCGGCCCGGCCCCGAGCCGAACGGAGGGCGGCACGGGCGCGGGCGCUGCGGGGCAGAGCCGGUCUCCCUGCGGGGUCUCUCUGCGGGGUCUCCCUCCGGCCCGGCCCGGCGCAGCCCGAGGGCGAGGAGCAUCGCCGCCCCGCCUCUGCGACGGGAGGUCCCGGUGGCGGCGGCGCGGACAGCCCCUGCCCGGGCAGGUUUCACACCGGCCUUGGAGCACGGACGGCUGGGGCGCUCGGGGCGUCGAACGCCGUCCUUCGGGAAGGGCGCAGUGAAAACGGGCGUUAAACCCGUCUGUGUCUGCGUCGUGGUCCAGGUGCUGAACCUGAGGACCCCGAGUUUCCCCAGAUUUGGUGGGAAAACAACCACACAGAAGACUUGACUUGAAAAAACACUUGGCCAGACCAUUGAGCGGAAAGCAUCUUAAUUGAGAGCCUGGGAAUCCCAGCGAGGUCCUGGGGAGGCUAAAAGCGCCCCUUUAAGGGCAGAUGUGGGAAGAGAGGCGAUUUUCAACUACAGAUUCUCAGCUUUGGAGUUCAGUUCCUACAGCAGCCCACCAGCUCCUGAAACUGGUGCUCUGCCAGAUGUGUUUUAGACGGCUUCCCACAGAACUGAGGCAUCUGUGAUCACCUGUGUGUCAAGGUAAUGCCCUUGUGUUUCCCCCCAAAUGAGCUGGCAGGCCUUGGGCCAGUAUCUGACACGUUUCACAACAGAUAGGGGACCCAAAGAUCACUCCUCUGAGUUUUCUGGGAGCAGUUGUUUUCUAUGGAAAAAGGAGAGGGAAUCUGCCCCUGCCUCAGCUGCAGCACUUGUGUGAGCUUAUACCUUACUAGACAUCAGAAAUCCCACACAGAAACACGAGUGCCACCACAGUCCGUGUCCCCCCC